GUGGAUAUAAAUACUAAAGCAAGCCUUCAGUUGCAAUGUCUGGUGACGCAAUCAGUGCACUGCUCGAUUGGGCAACGUCUCAUGGCGCUGAAAUUGACGAAAACCUACAGUUUAAGUACUCUGAAGAUAGAGGAGUGUAUGCUGUCUCAACAUCAUCUUCAUCCUCUUGCGGGCUGAAGAUCCCCUUGGAACUGAUUAUGGACGGUAGUAUGGCUGUUGGUGUGUUUGGGUGCGAGCUAUCAACAGAUAGAAUACAAAAUGGCGGCGUGAAGCUUCUUCUGUGUAAGUUGAAAUACGACAAAUCGCCAACUCGUUAUAAAGAAGUCAUUCUCAAUGACUUCUUCUCUCAUUAUAUCAAACUGCUGCCAACUGGUAGAUCUACAAGAUCGCCAUACUAUUGGUAUGACGAUGAGCUUUCGCUGUUUCAAAACUCCAAUCUCGGUGGAUCCUUGCCUGCUAAGUUCCGUGCAGUUGUCGAGGAAUGGUUUGCCAUUGUCACUAACUUGCCAGAGAGUUUCCAAGAUGAACAAUAUCACCUUGAUCUGCAUUUCUAUAACAAAGUGUUCUCGUGUUCUCGUGAUGAAUUGAUUGAUGAACUGCUGUCUCAGGAUUCAUGGACCAGUUUUGGUGCUUACCUUUGGUCCACUAUCAUCUUUACGUCUAGGGCAUUCCCAAACAAGAUCAUCAACAGUGAGGUAAAGGAUGGACAAGCCAUGCUUCUACCAGUGAUCGAUUUGCUGAACCAUGACACCUCUGCGAGGGUCAACUGGUCUUAUGAAACGGCUGCUUCAAGAGGGUACUUCUCUUUGCAACUAUUGGGUCCCCUGGAAGCUGGUAAAGAAGUCUUCAAUAACUAUGGUGCUAAGGGUAAUGAAGAGUUACUUAUGGGCUAUGGAUUCGUAAUACCUGAAAAUCCAAAUGACUCGGUGGCAUUGAGAUUGCCUGUGAACUUGAAACAGUUAGCACUUGCACAAAAGUUACAUAUCCAUCUACCAACCAUCGAUGACUACACAUAUCAUGCAUUUGACACCGCGAUGACUCCGGUCUCCACAACUGAUUUGGAAAGCUUCAUUCAAGAAGGGUUGCUAUACUUCAUAAACAGAUCCCAGUUAGUUCCAGAUCCACUAUUGGACUUCUUUACGGCAAUGACACUAAAUGAGCUUGAACAUCAGUUCACUAUCCGUUCGAGGCUACAAGCACUACAAGCUUUGAGGAACGCUAUUGAUAGUAAGCUUGCAUUGUUAAAGAAGAAACCAAAGGCUACUGUAUCAUCAGCAAAUGAUAUUGUCAUUUGUUCAAAGAUAUAUAUAUCAGGACAGAAGGAAUUGCUCAAAUCAUGCAGUGCCGAGAUUAAAUCUCAAGAGAAGAAGUUGCUACAAGACUGGAAGUCGCAAAUAUGGAACAUUAAGAAGAUCUAUAAGAAACAUAGUCCGUUCAGGGAAGCAUUGGCACAGUUGGGCUUCAACACCGUGGAAGAAGCUGAAGCAUCUCAUGAGUACCAGGCAUACCUCUCAUUGUGGGUUUUAUUACUAGUGAAAAUACCCUCUGAAGAGUUCCAACCACCACAAUGGAUAAUUGACUGCUUCCACAAACUGGAUGAAGAUUUACAGACUUUCCGUACAGAUGCUAUACAUGCCACCAUGGUUAGAGAAUUGAAAGAGGGACUCGGUGAUUUACCAAUCGCAGAGCAUAUCAACGAAGACGACAUGUUACUUGCGGAGAAGGUUGUUGAUUUGAACAGUUAUACAAGAAGCAAUGGCUAUGAAACCAUUUUAGUUGGACCAAUGACUAUUUGAGAAUAUCUGGAUCGUAUAACACAUAUUUGUUUAUCAUUACUAUUAUUAACUCAAUUGGCUAACAAUUCAGAAUCUGCCAUCAACUUCUCCAAUAUAUAGAUACCCUUAAUGACACUUGCGAGGUCUUUUUUCACCACUGAACUGGAGAUCUUAGACUCACUGAAUGCCCUUGGACUCUUGUUUACCCUGACCACUGAGUUCGCUUCCAAACUGCUCAAUGCUUCCAGGAACUCUGCUUUCUUCAGUAAACCAACGAGGUUAUCAACUUUGCCGUUUUUGAUAUAGUAUUCAUAGAAGGCAUUCAUGGUUAAAGUCUGGAAUGGAUUUGCACCUUCAGCUUUAAUUAAGAGACAAACGAGUAGUUUCUGUUGCAAGUUCAAUUCCCUUAGUUUGCUCAUUUGGUUCGUAUUAAACACGGUGUUUAUAACUCUAGCAAUGUG